GAGAGUAAAUGUGAAAAUAUGCUUACCUUCCAUGCUUGUGCUACUUGAGAUUGUGCAAUUGAGCCAAAACAAACAAUGACGGAGAAAUCUAAAAGCGAAGAAGAAUGUGAAGCCAUGAUUCAAAAGAGUUUCCGAACUCCAAUGGUGAGGUUUUUGAGGGAACGUUUGGAGAAAGCUGGGUGUGGUGUGGGAGACAAUUUUUUCAAAGCUGUUACUUGCAAGCAGCAAAUGGCUGGUAGUUAUGUUCGUGGAGAAGGGGUAAGAGUGUGCAGCAAUUAUGUACGAAUUCAAGACGACGUCAACCUGGUGGUAAUUCGUGAGCUAAUUCAUGCAUUUGACGAUUGUCGUGCUGCCAACUUGGAUUGGUCUGAUUGUGCUCAUCAUGCUUGUACUGAGAUACGAGCUGGUCAUUUAAGUGGUGAUUGUCAUUACAAGCGGGAACUACUAAGAGGUUUUAUGAAACUACGAGGGCAUGAACAAGAAUGUGUCCGAAGAAAAGUUAUGAAAGCAUUGUCUGCAAAUCCCAAUUGUUUUGGUUUUGCUGCCAAGGAUUCUAUGGAAGCCGUAUGGGAUGUCUGUUACAACGAUACACAACCCUUUGACAGAGCUCCUUAAAAUCUGCAUGGUUGAUACUAACAUAAA